AUGAUGAAGAGCGUCGUCAAGAACACAGCUCUGGAAACAAGCAAGAAGAAAUUGACUAACCACACCGCAAGGAAGACAGUUGUGAAGAAACUCAGAGCAGCAAGCGUCGAGAGGCAGUCGAUAAUCCAGGUGACCGGCCACGCAAGUGAAAAGUCUCUUAACGACUACGAUGAAGGUAGCGAGAAGGAACAGCGACAGCUUUCAAACAUUAUCAGCAAUGCUCCACAGUCAGCAGCCUCCAGCAGUUUUCCUGGUCUACCAAUGUGGUCUUCUCCUACAACGACUUCAACGUGUGAACAGGUGAAAACAAGCGGCCAUGCUUUCACUGUGAACAACUUUCACAACUGUCAAGUCACAUUUAACGUGAUUCAGGGGCAAUGCAGUUCACCAAAGUCUACAAGUCAGAAUGUUAUUCCCUGA